GCCCGUUUUUCAAUCUCAUCCAGUCUUUCAAAAUGGCUUCAACCGACUUGCUCCGCGUGGUCGUUCAGCUCCAAUACGAAAAUGACGCCAUCCAUCGCGAGAUCGCCGAAGAGCGCUCGCUGCAUGCAGCAAACGAGGAAGUGCUGGCGACCAAAAUCGAAAAGAUUGCCGCUUGCACCAGUCGCAUUGACAAGUGUGUCAUUGCCAACAGCGAGCUUGGCACGAUGAUUGAAAAGUCGCAGGCCAGCAUCGAGUUGGCUGGUGCGGAAGUCAAGCACUUGCAGAUGCAACUGGUGCAUCUCCAGACUUUGCAGGCAAGCUCGACGGCUGCCACACGUGAAGAAUGUCGCAACCACGAUUCGAUGCUCCUUGAACUGCGCGAGCGCAGAACCAAGCAAGAUUCGGGCAUGCUGGUCUUGCACCCGCAGAGCAAGGAGUUGGCCGCUUUCGAGGCAGAGUGGCUCAAGCGCAAGUCUCUGAUUGCGGAACAUCAUACCACCGACGCCGAAGUAGCUGCCAAGUCCAGCGAUCCCCUGGUCAGUUCGGCUGAAGAGGAGGCGGAAACUACUUCUACAACGCGAGAGAUCGAGCAAAUGCCCGCGUGCGAGCUGGCGCAGAGCAUGGAUCACCUUCCAGCCACAAACACAGUCGCCGAUGGCUCCGGCGAUGCUCCGUUGACUCUGAGCAUGUUGUCGAUCGACAACUCCAAGGACCAGUCUGGAGUGUACAUGGCUCUGGACGUGCCAGCGAAUUGCACCACCGAAUCUGCGGAUUGCGCGCUCGAGCGUUUCUCGCCUACCGCCAUGGACGACACUGUGGCGUCGCUUUGUCAGUGCGCCGAAGAAGAACAGCCAGUCUACAUGAGCUCUUCCGUGUCUGAUGAAGCUGCCAAUCCGAUUGGCACGGAUCAUGCCACAGAGUUGGAACCCAUCUCUGAAGCUACAGUCACUCGCUCUGAAGAGAUGGCUGAGCUUGCUCCAGAGAUGGCUGAGCUUGCUCCAGAGAUGGCUGAGCUUGCGCCAGAGAACAUGGAGCAAGUCCCCAGCGCGGAAGUCGCUCCGGUUGUGGAAGUCCUUUCCACGACAGACCCCGCUCCUGCUCCUGGUGGAAUGCCUCGUGCCGAAACCAUCCCGAAUGAAGCGACGCCAACGAUGCCGACGGCGUCGCACCAGCUUGCAGCUUCUGAGCAAUCUACAUUCGCUGAGGCCCUCGACUUGCUCAAGUCACCACCUGCUGUUCGCCCGAUCCGCGCGUGGAGCAUGUUUGGAGGCAGUGGCGGCGCUUCAGCCAUGUCCAUCAGCGAGAGCGCCGACAUGCCUGCAUUCGGCGUGUUUUCGUCGGCUCGCAGCACCAGCGUCAAGCCCUCCGGCGCAACAUCCGGCUUUUCCAUGUUCCAAUCAAGCCUGCCAACCCUCGGAUUUCAGUUGCCGCUGCCCCAGCCUCUGGGGCUUCUGCCUCCAUCUCAGCAGGAUGCCUCACGUGAGUCUGCUCAGCCGAUCCCAUCCAAGCGGCUGUUUUGA